GAAGGUUACCUAGUUGGGCCGGGCUUCGACGGCCCGGUUUCAACGAUUGAAAAGAAAUGGAAGAGGGCGACGGCCAGGGCCGAGGGAUGGAGGAGAGAGAGGCGACUCGACGGCCUCCGCCUUCGAUGGCAGCGAAGAAGAGAGAGAUGGAGAUCGAGAUGGCGACGGAGAAGAACGUCGAGCGGUUGCUCAACCGGAUCUCACUCGUUUUCGCGGCCGUCGCCACUCUGGCCCUCCUCCAUCUCUUCUCGAACUCCUCCCUUUCUUGCACUCCCGCUCCCGUCGUCCGCAUCGAUCGCCACGUCGCCCGCCGCCACCAACAGGACGGCGACUCUUCCCCUCGCUCCUCCUGCGACGUCGCGGCCCGCGAGGUCGUCACCCCCGAAAAACGCUUCGUCAAGCUCCGCUCCUCUCGCGCCUGGCGCCGCAGAGCCGAUGCCUUCGCUGCCCUGUUCGCGACCCUACGCUCCGCCCGUAUCCUCUACAACUCCACCAACGUUCUCUGCGUCUCCGCUGGCGCGGGCCACGAGGUUGCCGCCCUACAGGAGUCUGGUGUUGCCGACGUCACCGGCGUCGACAUCAUCGACUUCUUCCCUCUGGUCCGCCGCGCAGACCCGCACAACCUCCCCUUCUUCGACAACGUAUUUGAUCUCGGAUUCAGUACCGGCGUAACCGAGGCGCUGUUCCCUGCUCGGUUCGUUUCCGAGAUGGAGCGCACCGUACGCCGAGGCGGAGCCAUCGUCCUGGCGGUGAACCUCCCGUCCUCGGCCCAGGAAGUGGAGGAGAUCAAGGCGAUGUUCAAAAAAUCAAUCCUUUUAGAGGUGAGGAAUAUGACCAUGCUUGGAUCUGAUAUGACGCUUAUCGUGAUGAAAAACAAUGGGAAAAAAGCAUCUUGACUUGACGAUGAUACAAGGACACUAGGAGCUGUGCCAAUGUAACAAAGUUUUCAUAUCUUAGCAACUUUUCAAUGCAUAUCGAUUUAUUUCAAGGAAGAGGCACUGAUGAGAGAAGAAUCUAGAAG